AUGCGUGCCGGAUGGUGCCUCGUCGUGUGGAUGGCAGCGCUCCAGUGCGCGGCGGCCGAGAGGCUGCGGCUAAUCGACGACUUCGAGACGAUAGAAUGGCCCCGCGUCGAUGCGGGCGAGUUCUGGGGCCUCGGCGAGGAAAAUCAGCCGCUGACGGGCUCCGCGAACCUGAGUCUCGUGCCGCGCAACUCCUCGCUCGGCGGGUCGUGGGCGCUCCGCGUCGACUACGAGGUCGCGUGGCGGCAUUGGUGGGGAGUGAUCGGGGUGACCGCGUCAGCGUCGGCCGUGCCCUUUCUGGGGUCUUAUCUUCCGUGCGCGAACGCGUCGCACCUCUCGAUCAAGUACCGCGUCGCCGUCCCGCAGAACGACCAAGGAUUAGCCGUCUGGGGGAUUGAUCUGUGGGAUGUGAGCAACGUCGAUAGCCCUCUCGAUAUGCCCUCCAACUUGACUGAUGACAGGAUGGAAUUGUUCAUGCAAAAUUUCCCAUCCUGGGAAUUGUACGGGGCCAGGGACUCGCACGUCCUCGACGACACCACCGGCGCAUGGAAGGAGGUGCGGUUUCCCCUGUGCCACGGCGCGCUGGCGUUCAACAUGAUAGGGGCGGCUCGAGGCAACGGCGUGCUCGAUCGCGACAAGCUCACUGGAUAUAAUUUCGCUUUUACCGCAGACCCCGAUCGUGUUGAAGAGGUGGCGCGCGGUGCGAUCGAGUUCGACGACCUGGCGUGCGUCGAGCCGGACGAAUGGGUCGAUCCCUGCGCCGCGCCCGACGUGUUCGAGAGCGAGAGCGUGCCUGGCGUGCGCUACGCGACUGCCAGUGCCUUUGCGAGCCAUACCCUGAAGACCGACGUGUGCGACGAGCUGUGCGCGGCCGAGCCCGCGUGUCGCUUCUACGCGAUCGAAACCACCUACGAUUCUUGGGAAGUGGCGUUUCCGAGGUGCUACCUCUUCGACGCGCUAACACACGAAGACAUAAUCCCAGCCGCGGAGAUGGUCGACGUCCUUGCGUUCUGGGCGACGUCCGCUGCAAAGCGCGGGGCCCUCUGUGUGGUCUGCACCUGCGCUGACGGCACCGCGGACUGCCGCGACCGGGACCUCCAGACCGUUCCCGCGGCCGCCGGCGCCGACGCGACGACGCUCGACCUUUCGGACAACCCGCGGCUCACAUUGGUCGGCCCGGGCGCCUUCGACGGUCUUGACGGUCUCGAAGUGCUAGUCUUGCCGAGUGGCGUCAAGCACCUGGCUCCCGAAGCUCUGGAAUCGCUGCCGGCGCUGCGUGACGUAUCCUUGGCCACGGGCGACGGGGUCACGCGGAACUUUGUCGACGCCUCGAGCACCGCGCGCUUUGACGAUGUCUGCUGCCGACGCGAAGCAUCUUCGCGGGCCGGGGUCUACUUCUGUGAUUUGUCGCCGGACGAGCCCGGCGUCGUCGACGCGAUAUACGAAGAAACGAACGCCGACAAUAUCAUCGCUGGCCUGUUCGACCACAUGCGGACUCUCGACUCUAUCACGCCCGACUCUCCGUUUCUGGCGGAGGCCGUCGAGUCCAAGGAGAAAUGUGUGGCGUAUUGCGAGAUGAAGGCCGAGUGCCAAUCCUGCAUGCACUUUACGCCAUGGGUGGUCGGCGCGAGUCUCACCAAUACGUGCUUACUCUACGGAGACGAGCCUCCUGCCAAUCACGCGGACAAUUUCGUGCAGCGCGAGGUCGGCGGCGCAUACAUGGGACUGCCCCCUCGGACGCGCGCGGCGCUCGGCGCCGUCGUCGCGGCGUCGCCCCUGGUCGUCGAGCUUUCGGAAGCCAACGGCUACUCGAAUACGUUCGAGGUCUCGCUCGGCGCGGAUCCGCUGCGCGGCGCCGUGUGGAUCACACCGCGACUCGAGGGCUUCGGCAACAUGAGCCUUGCGUUCGACCCGCCCACCAUCACGCUCUACGACGCGCAAACGGUCGUGACUGUCGCGGUCACCGUCCGCAGCGACGAGGUCACCCGCGACCUGACGCCGACCGUCGCCCUCGACGUCGAGGCGUGCGACCGGGCCUUCGUCGCCCAGCAAGCGACUCUGCAGCUCGACGUCCUCGCCGCUGCCGUCGACGACGGCGGCACGCGCGUGUCCAACGCCGGCGCCGUGGUCGCGCUGGUCGUGGUCGCUUGCGUUCUCGUCGCGGCGGGCCUCUUCUACUGCCUCGCGGCGGCGGUGCGGUUCGUUCGCAAGAAGCAGCAGCUCGAGAUGGCGCGCGCGUUGCAGGUGAGAGAUCAGGUGGCCGCCGCCGUCGAGAAAAUCCAGGAGUUCCAGGCAAUAUUUGCAACGCUCCCCGGCGACGCGUUUUGCGCGCUGGAGAAGCUCGUGCCGCACGAGGCGCUACGAAAGGACCUCGUCGUCUACGACGCGAUCGCGGACGUCGCCGCCGCGAAACGCGAGGGUCUCGUCUUCGUGUUUCUCAGCCACCAAUGGCUUGCGUUCGCGUCGCCGGAUCCCGCGAACGUCCACUGCACGGCGAUGCAGUCGGCCGUGCGAGCGGUCGCCGCGGCCGCGGGCGUGCCGCUCGCGUCGCUCCGCGUCUGGGUCGACUUCAUAUCGAUCCCCCAGCGGAACCGGUCCGAGCAGCGCCUCUCGAUCGCGUCGCUGCCGACGUUCGCGUCUUUAUUUCGGUGCGCCAAUCAACUUUGACGGGGCAUUUGGUCCAAGACUCACGGAUCGAUCUGUACGCAGGUCCUCGUGCGACUUCUUCGUGAUAGUUGCGCCGGCCGCCAAACACGCCGACACGGGCUGCCUCUGCAACGCGGAAACCUACCGGAAGCGCUCUUGGUGCCGGGCGGAGGUCAUGAGCUGCUGGGCGCGCAACGGCCGGGGCGACAUGUGGUUGAGCUCCAGCGACGGCCUCCGGCCGCUGGACGAGGCGACGCUACGGGAGGCGAUCGACGUCGCGGGCGGGGACCUCACGUGUUGCCGGCUCCACCACGCCCGGGGCGACCCCUGCGAUCGGGAAGCGUUGGUGCUUCCGCUGCUGGGAUUAUACGCGGAGAUCUGUGUGGAAAUCAAAAUUUUACGGCGCGUUCGUGCUGAAUCAUCGCGUAGUCCUCCACGCCAUCGACGCGACGCCUGCUCGAUGGCGUGGCGAUGCCGGUUCCUCGCCGCUCGACGGAGCCAGGUCGGCCGCGUCAUCGCCGAGAAAUGACUUAGUGAAGAAUUGUCGGGUGCACCCGACACACUGGUUGAUUUCCACACAGGCGGAGAUCUUCCGGCAUCGCCACGCGCCGCGGGGCCGGGAGGCCUACGAGUUCUUGGCGCCGAUCAAAGAAACGUUGUUUCCGCGCACGUUCUCCUACACGUACCACGGCGCGGACGGCGGGGUCGAAAGCGCGGAGGAGACGCUCUUCGGCGACCUGCUGCGGGCCGUGGAGACGGCGGUCGAGCUCAGCGAGGCCGACGCGAGCAAUCCGAUCUGGCGCCGCGCGCUGCCGGACCUCUCCCCCGGGUCCACGGCGCAGCGGCACUCGCACCACCUCCGGACGACCAAGGGCGCGGCCGCGUCGACGCGGCACUACCUGUCCGCCGCGAUGGCGUCCGCGUCGGGGGGCGUGGACCCGACGCAGGAGGCGGCCCGCGUCGCCAUCGCGGUCGACGCGGAGUGAAUACUAGCUAAGGAAGACUUCAAGCAGCAUGUAGUUAUAGACAUAGUCACGGCUUGGGCUGGGACUAUUGGCUAUGGGGGAACCUUGCCGUUGGGGGGCAUGUGCAGUGUGUCGGUCGACUUGGGGGAGGGGGGAAAGGUGUACGGAGCGACGAGGCGUUGCGCCCCGCGCCGGGUAAGCCCUCGAGCCUCGGCAAGUGAUUCUCC